AUAAAAACAGUGCGAGAUAAUAUUUGCAGCCAUUCAAUAUUGAAUUUAUUGUCAGUGAUGAUGGCGCUUAUCAAGGGGAUGCUUUUGAUCGUGUUUCUUUCAUGUUUGAUACUGUGUUCACAAGGAGAAGUUAAACAAUGUACCCGUAAUAUACAGUGCUUGCCUCGCGGUUUGUGUUGUGAAUCCGGAAACCUGGUGAGAGGGAAAAGAGCUCUUAGCUUACUUGGCGGAAAGUGUGCUCAAUAUAAGGAGGAGGGCGAACGAUGUCAUAGAAACAACGUGAUUGCAGAACCUUCUGAGAUGGAGAUGCUGUGCCCGUGUAGAUAUGGUCUGACGUGUGAACCUAACAACGAGAUGCCUCCCGUCUACGGUAACUGCGUGCCCAUAAAAUAAGGAGGCUCCCGCAGACCAUGGGAUAGUAGCUUUAGGGGCCACAUGUAAUAAGUCUAAUUCUGUAAUGUUAUCCAAUUUAUAUGCAUUGGGCCAUUUUUUAAGUUGAUUUUAAUUUCCUUACCAAUUGUAUCCGGACUGCACGGUUUGCUUUGUUAUCCUUAUGUGACGAAACAUUAAUUACAAAAUUAAUAAGCAAGCGAAUAAAAAUAUUAAAACAAACUGAAA